CCCAACACUUGUUAUUGUAACUCCCUGUUCAAAAGUAGUAAACGCUCCGCUGUUGCUAAUCAGAGCUUCAGCCACAUUCAUGGUGUUCAUCGCUUGAGCCACUCGCCGAAAAAGCAGAGAACUUUCGCUUCUUAAGCAUAACAUUCUUCCAUGGCCUCCUGGCGGCGUAUGACUGGCGCUUACACUAUGCUUUCCCUGCUUCUUUCUGCUUCUGUAGCAAUCGCCGUCAUCGAUCACUUUGCUAUUCCGACGACAUGGUUUAGCAACUUUAAAUAUGGUGAAUCAUAUUCUUAUGGUAUGGUCAGUGUGGUCAAUGAGUUUACUCACGAUCCCGAAGCCUUUACCCAGGGUCUUGUUUAUGGUGGAAAUGAUACCUUAUUCGAGUCAACUGGUCUUUAUGGGAAGUCAUCUGUUCGGAAAGUAGCUCUUCAUACUGGGAAGGUUGAGACGCUUCUGAAGAUUAAUGAUUCUAUAUUUGGCGAAGGAUUGACUCUUUUUGGUGAAAGGUUGUUCCAAGUAGCUUGGUUGCAAAAGACUGGUUUCAUUUAUGACUGCAAUGAUUUAAGCAAAGUUGGAGAAUUUAUGCAUCAGAUGAAUGAUGGGUGGGGUCUGGCAACUGAUGGAAAAGUUUUGUUCGGAAGUGAUGGCACUUCAACAUUGUAUCAGAUGGAUCCUCAUACAUUCAAGAUUCUAUCAAAACAUGUUGUCUACUACAAAGGUCAUGAAGUAAAAUAUCUCAACGAAUUAGAGUUUGUAAAUGGCGAAGUUUGGGCAAAUGUUUUGGGGGUCGACUGCAUUGUAAGAAUCUCUCCCAAGGACGGUCGUGUUAUUGGAUGGGUUCUCCUCCAAAAUUUAAGAGAUCAAGCGGUGGCACCUGGGAAUCAAAAGCAGAAGGUUUUGAAUGGCAUAGCAUGGGAUGGUGAAAAGAAGCGCAUAUUUGUGACGGGAAAACUAUGGUCCAAGCUAUACGAAAUCAAAGUUGUUCCUAUAAAGAAACCAAUUGAAGAAGGGUUCAUUGAGCAGCUUUGCUUGAGUCCACUUGGAAGUGAAAGUCUGAGAAGCAGUCAUUAA